AUGGAUCAGCCUAAUCCUCAGUUGGUUUCUCUUUUACAAGGAAAACUUGGACAGUUAAUAGGAAAGUCUUCGGGAUAUAUUGAAAACUUACCGGAAGACGUAAAAGCUCGAAUCAAUAGUUUAAAAUAUUAUCAAGCUGAACAUGCGAAGUUGGAAGCAAAAUUUCAAGAAGAGAUCUUGGCAUUGGAAAAAAAAUAUUUAGAACUAUACAGACCUUUGUAUGAAACACGCUACAAGAUAGUUUGUGGAGUACGUGAACCAACUGAAGAGGAAGUUCAGGCUGGAGUCAAACUUGAUGAGGAAGAUCAAACAAAAGAGGAGGAAAAUGUGGUUAACGAGGAGAAUAAAGUACAAGAAAUCAUUGAAGGACCUGUUAAAGGUAUUCCAGAGUUCUGGCUUACUUCAAUGAAAAAUUUAAUUACCAUUGAAGAGAUUAUUACUGAUCGUGAUGAAGAUGCAUUAAAGCAUUUGAUCGAUAUAAGGAUGUCAUAUCUCGAAAAACCUGGAUUCCGACUAGAUUUUGAAUUUGAAGAAAAUCCAUAUUUUACGAAUACCCUCUUGACAAAGACAUAUUAUUAUCAAGAGGAACCAGGUUAUGGGGGUGAUUUCGUUUAUGAUCAUGCUGAAGGUACACAAAUUAAUUGGAAAGAAGGAAAGAAUCUUACGGUUACAGUGGAAACGAAAAGGCAAAAGCGUAAAGGUACUAAAGAGACUCGUGUAGUAAAAACCACGGAUAUAAAAGAAAAACUUAUUCCUCGUGCUAUAGAUUGGUAUACUGGUAAAGCUUUGAAAUAUGAGGAAAUUGAAGAGAAUCCUUUCUUUACCGGAGGAAAAAAUGGAAAGACGAAUGCAAACAACAAUAAAAUCAAAGGAGCAUUAAACCGUUAUUAA